AUGGCUAAUGCAGCUGUUAUUUCAAAGAAGCCAUCUUCGUUUAUCUAUGAAAAUUUAGUGUCUCAAGUCCAAAGCAUUCAAAAUCAAAUUAUGGAAAUGGAAAACAUCAUUAGUAGUCAAUUGGAAAAAGAAAAGAAAAUACAAAAUGAAUUAAAAUCUCGUUCAUUCAUAUUCAUAGAUCCAUAUGGAAACCGAACAACAAAUAUAUAUAUGGAUCAUGAAUCAAUCAAUAAAAUACUUCGAGAUUAUAAGAAAAAUUAUGUUCCUAAAUAUCUUCAACAAUGGAUACAAAUUGGUACUAAAAAUGAUGAUAUUAUCUCGCCAUUGAGUGAAUCUCGAUUGAAAUCUACUGUAUCUCAAUAUGAGAAUGGUUAUGAAUUUGUUUCAUAUGGUGAAAUAUCUGUCUUUAUUGGAAUACACGAAAAGUUUUGGCCUCAAAGUAUUGUUAUAAAUAUGUUAUUAAUGGAUAAUAUUGAUAAAAUAAAAAUGAAAAUAAAACAACAACGACGAUUUCCCGAUUUUGAAUUAGAAUCAUGUAUUAUAGAUCCAAAUAAAAGACCAAAUAAAACAAAUUGGAAAGAAGGUGCGAUUUUAAAACCAGAAGAAACUGUUAUGUCAAGUCAAUUAUAUCAAAAUAAUUGUAUCAUUUUGGCAAAAGUCAUUGACAAUAAAUUUGAUAGUGAUAGCAGCUAUGAUUUUGGUUUAUUUGUAAAAACUCUCACUGGAAAAACUAUGAUUCUCAAUGUGAAUUCUCAAAUGAAUAUGUUAACUAUCAAGGAAUUGAUUCAAAAUGUUGAAGGUAUUCCUCCUGAUCAGCAACGUCUGAAGUUUUAUGGAAAAAAAUUAGAAGAUCACAAAACUCUUUCAGAUUAUAAUAUAUCAGAAAAAAGUACACUUCAUUUAAUAUUAGAAUUGCGAGGUGGAAUGUAUCAUUUUACAAGUGGUCGACAAGAUUUUCGCUGUUUGCCUUAUGAGAGUAUGAAUGCUAUUCAAAAUGUUCUAACAUUCAAGUUUCAAGAUAUGCAUAAUAUUCAAGAAUUAUCACCAUCUGACUUGCAGAAUUCUAUUCUACAAGCAAAAACUAUUAUGUCGACUUUAUAUAGUAAGACUAGAGGGAUUUAUACCAUAGAUAAUAUUACACAGUUGAAGAACAUUAUUCUACCAAUACCCAAUGACAAUGAAGAUAAUGGUGAUGAUGAACAUAACACUCUCAAACAUCUACUUAUUAAAGAAGAACAACUUCGACUUAGUUCACAAACUCAACAAUUAUUAUCAUCUAUUCAAGAUCGAACAGAUAUUGAUUGGAUGGAUAUUAUUGAUCAAUUACAAACACAAUUAAUCAAAGAAACAAUUGGUCAAGAUGCAACAGAAAGUGAAAUUCAACAUGGUUUAAAUAUAUUGAGAAGUGCCCAUGAGUUAUAUUCAAAUGAUGCAGAAUUUCAUAAUUUAUCUCUUUAUGUUCGACAUAAUCGUGCAAGACAAGGUCAUUUUCGAGUUGGUGAUGAAGCUAUUGAUAUUGAAUUAUUAAAUCUUAAUAAUGAAUUUGUAUCAUUAUUCUCUUAUUCUCGUUCUCCUUGUCAUUCUAAUAAACCAUUAUUAAUUAUUGGUGGAUCAUAUACAUGA